GAACGAUGAAACGUCACGCAUUGCUGAAAGCGGAAGUUUUUUAUGUGUCAAAACGGGACAAUGAGCCGUGCUAAUCCUUUUGUCAUGAAAACGUUUUUCUUACGUUCAGUCGCGUAAUUCCAAAGGUGUCGCCGAAGUGCAGACAUGGAAGUGCCGUGCUACCUGCCCAAACUGCUGCUGGAGCUCAAUGAGCAGCGCAGGCGGGACUUCUUCUGUGACUGCAGCAUCCUCGUUGAAGGCCGCGUCUUCAAGGCCCAUCGCAACGUGUUGUUCGCGGGCAGCGGCUACUUCCGAGCCCUCCUGGUCCACUAUCUGCAGGAUAACGGACAGCGCUGCAGCACAGCAUCGCUGGACAUCGUUACCGCCGAUGCCUUCUCGAUUAUUCUGGACUUCCUUUAUUCUGGCCGCUUGGCCCUGAACAGAAACAAUGUCAUUGAGGUGAUGUCGGCAGGCAGCUACCUGCAGAUGACCGAUCUGGUAAACUUCUGUAAGGGGUACAUCCACUCUUCAUUGGACAUAUGCAACAAGGGGAAGGAGAGGAAAAUGGGAAAGGAUGCAGGGACGGGUCCUGCAGACAGUGGCACUCCUGCUGUGACAGUCGCCUGUGGGUCGGAGGCUGCGGAGCCUCAUUCGCAGGCUGCAGAGGCCGAUAGAGGGUCGGGUUUAGGUCCGGAGUCUGUGACCUCGGCCCGAACCCCCUCGUCCAUCCCUGUCGACGAGACUCCGGGCAAAAGCAGAGACGUGGACAGCGACUACCAUUCCAGGGAGGAAUUUGCAUCUGGGAGUGAAGAACAAAAAGGACACAUGGAUCAGACUAACCUCUCUUCCUCUGCAUCGUCGACUUUGACCCCCGAGUUGGUGAACCCCAAGAUAGAGUACGACCCCGACGAGGAGCUCGAGGAGUCCCCCGACACCAAAGACCUGGCCUCAUAUCCUGGGCCCUCGCUCCACAACCCUCAUCACAGCAGACUACUCCCUUCCUCUCCUCCCAGUGAGCGCUCUCCCUCGGGAUACAGCCAUUCUUUUAAUGCCAGGCAGCUGAUGGAGAUGCUGGCCAAAGGUGAAGGCCCCAGUCCGCUGGGGGACAGAAUGGGACAGCAUUUUACCCAAGGACCAGGUAGCAGCGCGGCAGGAGGCAGGAUGGAUGAAGGUUUAGGGUUUGUGGGAUCAUCUAUCAUGGAGAUCCAGUCCGAUUGGCUUGGAGAGGAAACAGGCGACGGUUUGGUAGUGCAGGUGAAACUCCACAAGUGCCCAUUCUGUCCGUACACCGCCAAGCAGAAGGGAAUCAUGAAGCGACACAUCCGCUGCCACACAGGAGAGCGGCCCUUCCCCUGUCCCAUGUGUGGCAAGAGGUUCACGCGGCAGGAGCACCUUCGCAGCCACGCCCUCAAUGUCCAUAGGCACAACUGGCCGAUGCCGUGCAAGAGCUGCAGGCGAACCUUCACGGGAUCCGGCGUCACGCCGGGUCUCCGGCGCUUUGGCAUCUGCGACGGCUGCAACUGCGUGACGACCACUAACGACGACUCCGCCGCCGGCCAAGCCGAGUCCAUGGAGCGCACAGACGUGGGUACGGAUUGGUCCAGCUUCAUGGACGAUGUGGAUGAGGUGGAGGUCGGCAGGGUGGAGGACUUGGUGGAGAAACGGAUGCUUGAAAGGCAGCUGGCUGUCUGCACCGACGUAGGAAACGCGGUGAAUCUGUAGCGUGCUGCACUCGGGGAAGAAACCCAUUUCUUGAACUGUUAUACUUGUCUAACUGUGACCGCUGCUGUAAGAGACAUUUUCUUAUUGUUUUGUUACAUCUCCAACCAGUUGGGGGCGUCGGGCCACACGGUCACUCUGAUUAGGGGCAUCGCUGGAGACAGGACGCCGAGAUCAAACGGUGGAAGGAGUGAUGAUUGGAGUGGCACGGCGACGCUGAAACAAUAGAGAGGGACAUGUGUGUCAACCGUGCGUGCUAUUUAACUGGAAAAAUUAAACUUAAGAACCAAUUUUGCAGUGACGGCUCAAUGAAAUGAGUCAGAGUACGUACAAAUGACCAGUUUCAGGCUAUAUGAGCAAAUACAGAAUCCCUUUAUUCUCAUUUCUAAAGCCUUGCAUUUAGCAAAGAAGGAAAUUGCCACGAUGAAAAACAUCCAUCACUUUAUUUAAGACGCUGUGCUACUUUUAAGUCGCUGUGUCAAUUUCCCAAUAAAGAUGAAAAAAACAUGGGAUUUGAAUACGGACAUGGAGGCGGGUCCGCCACGUGCCGUCCUGAGAUCGGAACGUGCCACCUGCAACUUUUCGGUCUCGGCGCUCCUGAGGGGGUUGCCGUUGGCAGGAGCAAGAUGUGUGAUAACCAGUGGUAGCAAAUGUUAGGAUUUCAACAGACAUUUGAAGGUUUAGGAAAAUGGAUGGAAGUCCGAGAAUGUGGCCGUCUUCGGUUUAUGUCUGCAAGGUAAUAAAUUGCCUUCAAUUUGAAACUGGACUUUAUUGCAAGCAGCAACCAUGUUGGCCUUUUUUUGAUUGGCAACGAGGUCACUGUACGGUUAUUAAUGUGGAGCGAUUGCUGUAAGAAGGCCUUAUUUAUUGAAUCAUUUGUAACCAGAAAACAACAAUCCUUUUGGAGAUGUUAUGCUCCAUAAAUUCGCCUGUCUGCAAUUUGCUCCAGGGUUUUAAAAAUAUUUAUUAUAACAAAGUUGGUCUUUAAUUUCUUUUUUCUUUUCACAUUUGCUCAAUUCCAAAUGUAUUUUAAUGUGCUGCAUAUAAAGAGAAUACGGCUGUCACAUGUAGCGAAAAUAUCUGUUAAUUUAUCAAAUUUCUUUGAGGUUAUAUUGGGUGAAUUGAGAAUAUUAUUGCAACAAAUGCAUUGUGUAAUUGUUGAAGUUUGGAGUCACUUUUCAUAUGGUUUCUUCUUUCAUUCAUUUACUUUUUUAGGAAUAAAAUGAGUGUAAUUCCUAAAAAACCAAAUGUAUUAUUUACAUUUCAAAUAGUUUGGGCCCCAAAAUAAUGAAUAUAAUAAAAUGUAUCUUUGCUUAAAGUCCCAACAGUCUUACAUGCCAGAGGAGAAUACCGUUACAUUUUGAAUCUGCAUAAAUGACCCACCCUCCUUCUUUGACACAACGGUGUUCGCUAACGGACUGUGAAUAUUUUGGUAAGCUGCAUAUGUUUAGGCCCCUCUGCAGAAUACUGAGUUGUGCAAUAAAACAUGUCAAUGCUGUGA